AAGGCAUGAACUUGGCCUAGUAUUCCCAAUUUGAUUUGGUUUUGGAAUCCUGCCUUUAUAACCUUAUCUUCGACCCCGACGCUUUGUAGGGUUUCUUUCUCUCCUCUUUCCGUCGCUAUGGACUUCACAAAGAAACGAAAAGCCGAGGAAAAUGGCACCGCAGUAAUCCCUUCUCUUCCUGCCGCCGUAGCCUCAACCUCCUUAACCCCAGAAGAGAUCCGCAAGGUAAUCGAACCCUUCACAAAGGAGCAGCUUCUCGAUAUCCUCCAAACAGCCGCAGUCCGUCACCCCGACGUCCUCGAUUCCAUCCGCACCGUAGCCGAUGGCGACAUCUCUCUCCGCAAGCUCUUCAUCAGGGGCCUUUCCACCAAUACCACCACCGAGACCAUCCGCUCUCUGUUUGCCUCUUAUGGCGAGCUUGAGGAGGCCGUCGUAAUAUUCGACAAGAAUACUGGAAAAUCCAAGGGGUUUGGUUUCAUCACGUUUAAACAUGUAGACGGUGCUUUAAUCGCGCUGAAGGAACCAAGCAAGAAAAUUGACGGCAGGAUGACUGUUACCCAGUUGGCCUCCGCGGGUCUAUCGAAUCCUGGUUCUAGUAGUGGCGAUGUUUGGUCGAGGAAGAUCUACGUUGGGAAUGUGCCGUAUGAUAUACCUUCAGAGAGAUUGUUAAGUUUUUUCUUGACGUAUGGGGAGAUUGAAGAGGGACCUCUAGGGUUUGAUAAGGCCACGGGUAAAUCAAAGGGGUUUGCUUUUAUUAUAUACAAGACUGAGGAGGCUGCCAAGGCUGCCAUUGCUGAUACUGUAAAGAUGAUUGAUGGGCAUCAAAUUCUCUGCAAAAUGGCGGUUGAUAAUAAAAAAGCCAAGACCGAAGGUGGUGUAGGUGGUGAUAAUGCACAAUCACAGCCGCAGCCACCGCCACAGCCACAACCACAGUCUUCAAUGCCUGGAUCUCACUAUGGUGUUCCUGGAAGUUUGCCACCCUAUGGAGGGUUUUCUGGAUUAGGUAGUGGUGGAUAUGGAUUGAAUACUUCGUUGCCAGGUUCGAUUGGUGGUGGUAGUAAUGCUGGUCCAUAUGGUGUUCCACAGUAUGGGGGACCAAGUUCUGGUGAGUUCGGUGGAAUGAAUAAUGCUGGCAAUUUUAUGUAUAGGAUGCCUCCUAGUUCUAUUGGAAUGGCUUCUGCAGGAUAUCCAGCUGGUGCCCCUUAUGGGCUGUCUCAGCAACACCAUUCAUCGCCAUUGCCCCCUAGAGUUCCACCUGGAGGGAUGUAUCAGGGCAUGCCACCAUAUUAUUGAGGUGUUUGGUUCAGGUGUAUGAGUUGACAGCUUCUUGGGCACAAAUGCUUUAAAUGGUUGUCGUGAUUUGGUGACGGAAGACAUUUAAAUCUUUGGGUUUAAUUAUGUGGACUGCUGUGCUUUCAUUGCUGCUUCACUUCAUCUUCCAUUUUCAAAGUUGUGGUUGGAUUUGUGAUGGAUGCUAGUGCUACGUGAAUUUUACAAAGCUAGUUUAGCCUCUAAAUCAGUGUACUUUUUUGGAAGGAUUGUAGAACUUUUUUGGUGUGCUGGAAUACAUUUAUCAUUAGUUACUACAAACCGUAGUUCUUGCUUAUUAGUUUGCGUUGUUCAUGCUGCUACAAGCUCAUUUUUUGUAUUUUCUUCUGGCAUGUAUUAAUUAGUGCGUGAGUAUUUUUAGUUUUAUUGCCAACUUGAUUUAUGUUAGAUAUUGAUCGUAUAUUGCUAGAGGCGUGGUGUGUGUCUUAUCAUAAUUGAUGCAGCAUUGACUUUCACACUUUUAAUUUUUGAGAUUAUCGCAUUGUUUUUGUUGCUUUAUCUCGUACCUCUUCGAGCACGGUGUGCUUCAAUUAUUGUGGAGGGCUGUUAGGUACAGUCAUCCCUUGUUUUUUCCAUGUUGUGGGUAUUUUAUAUCUAGUCUAUCCAUUUUGGACUACUCUUCACUAUUUUAAACUUUAUCAAAUAAUAUAAUAGAAAAAAUGGGCCCAAAUAAAACAGAAAGUUUUGAUUUGCUGUUGGUUUUCUUUUUCUUUGUCCAGACUCUUGAUAACAUCAUGCUUCUAUCAGUGCUUGAGUAGAGACAGCAUUCGUUUAAAUCUGACUUUAUUUUUAUUGGAGUGUACCUAUCCGAAGUGUAUAUACAUUAUAACUAGAAUUCCAUCAUCCUUGGUGAAUAAUGAAUGGAAAAAAGGGAAGACUUGUGUCUAGCUUCUAUCUAAUAUGCUGAUGAUAUUGUGGCAUUCUGCUGUCUAUUUAGCAUCCUUGAAUACUUGUUCAUACUGGUUCUUAGGCAGUUGGAUACCAUUUGUAAUUUUGGACAGUUUUCAGCCUGCCACCUUCACCAGAAAAGAGAAGGCACCCUCAAAAAUAUAUCAAGAGAUUGUUAUUGUCUCCUGUGCUUGUUCAUAAGUAAAAUAUGCAUGAUGCAACAACUGGCUUCUUAUGCAGUGUUAGAGAACUAUUUUGCAGUUAGAAUUUUUUCUUUUGAACUUUUUGUACUAAUAGCUUUGUUGUUCCUUGUGUCCUUCAAGUUUAUUCCAUUCUUCCAAUGUACCUUAUUCUAAUAUGUAUGAUUUUUAUCUGACUGUCUUUUGUGGUUUGUGCAUGCACAAAAAGUGAAUGAUAGUAUUAUUUGAUGACCAGAAAAAAUGGUGAGAUGCAUUGCCAUCGAGUAUAAAUUGCUCAACAAAAUGUAUAACCUCUACCACUUUUAGCAUGGGAUACAUCUUUGAUAAUUUAAAUUAGUUUGUGGGUGAUUUGAAUGGAUCCAAAGUGGAAGAUUUUGGUUGUAGCAUGACCGUGCAAUGCAAAUAGAUGGGAUUUGGCUUUUGGAAAUUUGGGCAGCUGAUCCUUUAAUGAUGUCAUGUCAAUAUAAUGCAAGUUUUGAUGAUUAGCCUUUCCUUGUUCUUUGCUUUGACAAUGUUUUUCUAGGUCCCCCUUGUGUAGUUUGAAUUUUUCUCAUGGUAGAUUGAUGUCCAUAUGGAUGGCUGCAGUUUCAAAUGGAUUUCUGAAACCUUAUUGUGUAAAUUUUUAGUUAGGGUGUGUUAUAAUUUAUAAAGUCUAAAACCCAUGAUUGGCUAACUAAUGAUUUGGCGGUUCUUCUCCGUGUGUUGAUGUGUUUUGUGGUGGUUGAUCCCACCCACCACAUAUAUCAUAACCCUUUGAAGUUGGGAUUCUGAUUUGCUUUACCUGCGGAGAAUGCUGAUAUGCUACAUCUGGGCAAAUAGAGUACCAGCAGUGGCUGUUGAUUUGAAGACGAAUAGGAACCUCUAUGUACUAUUCAAAAUCUUUAAUAUCAUGUUUGAAAUUUUCUUCUCUCUCACUCUAAAUAUUUAAUAAAAUGAUUUUCAAAAACAUUCCCCGUAGGUAUUUUGCUUAAAUUUUAAUUGGAUAGUGAAUGCUCCAUUUUGUUUUUGGUUAGUAUAAACAAUUCUAUUUCAUCACAGAAACAGAGCUGUUUAAUUUAGUUGUAACUUGUAAGGGUUCCUUACUAUUGCAGUGCUCUUAACGAGAAAAAGAUCUUUUAGGUUCCUCUGAUAUGCAGGAAAAAAGAUCUGUUAGGGUCCUCUGAUAUGCAAUGAAAAAAUAUAGAGAAUAUCUACUUUUCGUUCUUGCAAAAAUAACUUGAAAAAAGUAAUUUAUUUUCAUUCUUUUAUUGUAAUUUGAAAAAUAAAAAAUAUUAAUAAAAUUAUGAAAAAGAUUUUGAUUUCAAAAGACGAUCAUUUUCUUUAAAAGUGAUUUAUAUUACCUUUGGUUGAUCAAUUUUCUUCAGUGCAUUGAGCAUCAGAAAUUAGGAAAAUAUUUUUAAUAAUAAAUUUUGUGGUUCAGCUUUUCAUAGCUUGCAUCAUUUUCCUUUCCAAUGGUACUUUAAUUCUUUUUCAAGCUUUGAAGAUGUUUGACAACGUUAAAUUUAUAUAUAUAUUCAGAAAGAUUCCACAAUGAAACUAACGAAAUCCAGUGGGAAUGAGCAAACUUUUAAGGAGCGGGUAUAAGUGGGUGUAGAGCAGAAUGAGUAUACAACAGAAAGACAUGGAUACAACAUAAUGAGUACUAAACAAUGCCAUUUUCUACGGGUUCUGAAAUGAAAGAACUCUUUGUUAGCUUUCUUUCUCUCCUACUUUUCUCAGGUUCUUUUCUUUUGUUUGUGAGGCAGUUUGACUUUGGUUUGCUGGAUAUGUGUCUUUUCCUUGCCUUUUGAGUAGGGCUGGCUCUUCUGUCCUUACUUGGAUGUGAUUUUCUUCCUACUCAUCUUGAGUGGGACUUAUUUUUUUUUUUUCUUUAAAUUUUUGUAUUGCUUUCGGUAGGAGGUACUUAUUAGUAAAAGUGGUCUGUCGGUUUCCUUGUUUUGUUUCUCGUUGUUUGGUUGUUUGUGCUUGUGCAGGUGAGGUGGUCCCAAAUUUGUGCCUUUGAAGCUAAAUCUGAGUGUUAGGAGGGGGACGAUGAGCAUUGACUUAAGAUAUGAGGUUGCGACUAUCUUCCUAUCUUAUUGAUGAUGUGUUCGAUGGUUUCUACUCGGUUUUUAAAGGUGGUGAUCAACAGUGAUUGUGGAAGGCUACCCUUCUCUUGUGGUAGUUACUGAUUCCAUUGUUCAGUCUAGAGCGACGUGUAUUGUUAUUGCACGUGAUGAUUUUCUCUCUGUUUUGAAACUGUGGAUUGCCUGAGUUUCCUUC